UCCACGAGGUCUCCUUGUUUUUUCCCACCGAUAUCUUCAUUGUACCAGCGCUGUAACAAUAAACUCAUUCAACUGUCCCAUCUUAAUACUCAUACAUAUUCUUGGAAUCAGUACAGACACUGAUACACACACAUAUAUACAGACAGUCAAAUUGUAGAAGACCUUUUAGUUCUACAUUCCAGCUGCAUGCAGAGGACAAUGGCAUGGUUUCGAAUGGAACUGCAUGAAAAUUGUGCUAAAGGCCUCAACUUUACAAAGGAUGCUUGUUUUCUUCUGAAGAAGAAUUGGGCCCUCAAUCUAUUUGGCUGAAAAAUUCAAACUUAAUUUUGAUUCUCCGCUGUUUAUCCGUGUGGUCAGAUGAUACUUUUGUAGUAUAAAUUUUAACUUUCUUGGUAUUUUCAUGUCCUUGUCUGCAAUUGUUCUUAGUUCAGAGGAUUGCAGCAUAUUUGGUUUUUUGCCUUUUACAUUAUUUUGUGUCAGAUAUACGUCAUGCAUUUCAUUUGUUGUAGUGAUCCUGGUUGACUAUCUACUCUCUCUAUCUUUUGUUUUCAGUGUGCAGCUUGAGUAAUGGAUGCUUCUGACAAAGCUCAGGAAUAUAUGAAAACGAAUGGAAAUGAGAAGCCUAAGUCUAGAAGCUCCACAAAUGGAAUGCGGAGUGCAUCAAUAUCCAUUCCGAUGUAUUCUCUGGAUUGCAGUGAUACAGAAAAUAGUUUCUCAGGUCGUAGUGGUCCGUUGUGUACUGAAAGAAAAAUAUCAUACACGCAAAUGAGUGGUCCUCUUUAUGCAAACCUUAAAAAUGACAACUGUUUUCAAGAUACACAAGGUGCAAUCGGGAGCAGAGCAACUGAGGCAACAUUGGAGAAGUACCCUUCGGUCAAUGGAUUGGUUCAAAUUGAUUGGCCACAUAACAAUCAUGUGGUAACAAAUGAAAAUUUAUUAAGUUCUGGUCAACUCGGAAUGUGUAAUGACCCGUAUUGCACAACAUGCCCCACUUACUUUGAAGGGCAGCGAAAGAACAAGAAAGUAUCCAGUAUAUCUGAUCAGAAGAAGCUUCCUUAUAUCAAUUACCAGCAGUUUCCUAUCCCUACCAUCAAACAGGGAGAUGCAAAAGGCUGGGCAUGGAGAAUGUUUUUUUCUCUGUAUCGAUGUAUUCCGGGAGUCAUGAAUCCACAUGCUAAAAUCGUUCAAUACUGGAAUAAGUUCUUUGUCAUCUCGUGCUUAUUUGCGGUUUUUCUAGACCCACUCUUCUUCUUUUUGCUAUCUGUAAAGAAGGAACACAAAUGCAUAGUAUUUAACGAGACCAUGACAAAAGUUCUUAUCACUCUGAGAAGCCUGACUGAUUUCAUUUACUUCUUGCAUGUGCUUCUUCAGUUUAGACUGGCGUAUGUUGCUCCUGAAUCAAGAGUUGUGGGUUCUGGUGAUCUAGUUGACCGUCCAAGGAAAAUAGCUCUCAAUUAUCUCUACGGGCACUUUCUUAUUGAUUUCUUUGUAGUGCUACCUCUUCCCCAAAUAAUUAUAUGGCUGGUACUCAAAAAGUUUAAAGGAUCUUCUGGUGCAAAUUAUGCAAAAAACUUCUUGCGAGCAGCAAUUCUUGUUCAGUAUAUUCCGAGGUUGUAUAGGAUUCUUCCUAUGCUUGCUGGUCAGACGGCAAGCGGCUUUAUCUUCGAGUCAGCGUGGGCGAAUUUUGUUAUCAAUCUCCUCACAUUUGUGUUGUCUGGCCAUGUGGUUGGGUCAUGCUGGUAUCUCUUUGGGUUACAGAGGGUAAAUGAAUGUCUCAGAAAUGCUUGUGAUGAGCAUUGGUGUAUAAAAUUUAUAGACUGUGGGCAAGGAAAUGAAAAUGAGAGGUUCAGAGAUAAUCUAGAGUCAUGGAAAAAUUGGACAAAUAAUGCCACAGCUAGUGCUUGUUUUGGUGAAGGCAGUUUUCCAUAUGGAAUUUACGUGCAAACAGUCAAUCUUACCACUGAAUCUUCUCUAAUUACGAGAUACAUAUAUUCAUUGUUCUGGGGUUUCCAGCAAAUCAGUACUCUAGCUGGAAACCUUACUCCAAGUUUCUAUGUUGGGGAAGUUCUGUUCACCAUGGCCAUCAUUGGACUCGGUCUUUUGCUUUUUGCUCUUCUCAUUGGUAAUAUGCAGAACUUUCUACAAGCACUUGGUCGCAGGAGACUAGAAUUGUCUUUAAGGCGUCGAGAUGUUGAGCAGUGGAUGAGCCAUAGGCGUCUGCCAGAGGAACUAAGAAGGCAGAUCCGUGAAUCGGAACGUUAUAAUUGGGCUGCCACUAGAGGGGUUGAUGAAAGUAUGCUGUUGGAGAAUUUACCUGAAGAUCUUCAAAGGGAUAUACGGCGACAUCUCUUUAAAUUUGUAAACAAAGUUCGAAUCUUUUCUCUGAUGGAUGAACCAGUCUUAGAUGCUAUGCGUGAGAGACUGAAACAAAAAACAUAUAUCAAAGGAAGCAGAAUUUUAGUUCCCGGAGAUCUGGUUGAUAAGAUGGUAUUUAUUGUUCGAGGCAAGCUUGAGAGCGUAGGAGAAGAUAAAAAUAUAGUUCCUUUGUCUGAAGGGGAUGUUUGUGGAGAAGAUCUUCUUACCUGGUGCCUUGAGCAUUCUUCUGUAAACAAAGAUGGAAAAAGAAUCAGGAGUCCAGGACACAAGCUGCUUAGUAAUAGGAUGGCAAGAUGCUUAACAAAUGUAGAAGCUUUUAUACUUCGAGCUGCAGAUCUCGAAGAAGUUACUAGUCUUUUCUCUAGGUUCCUGAGAAAUCCACGCGUUCAAGGUGCACUCAGGUAUGAAUCUCCUUACUGGCGGUGUCUUGCAGCAACUCGGAUUCAAGUUGCAUGGAGGUAUAGGAAAAAGCGGUUGAAUCGUGCAACAACUGUUAGUUCUACAUAUAACCAUUCCCCAGGAAACUAAUGAUAGUCUAUACGCAUCAUACAUGAUACAUGCAUUAUAGUUUAGGUCAUCUCGAGCUUGUUUUGUGCGUUAAGCCAAUUUAUACUAUCUAUAAUAUGGGUAUAAUCUAAAUUGCCAACUGAGUACCUCAGCUAUGAGGUUGGUGCACUUUGUAUACUUCAACUAGGCAGAAGUAACAGACGUAGUGAAAAGUGUGUAUUGCAGUUAGUUUGCUGUAACACCGUUAGUUUGUUGCCACGCCUCUUUGUACCAA